AUGCCUCGACAGGAGCGAGUCGCUAAAAAAUGGGAUGGCGAUGCCCAUGCUAGGCUUGCUGAGGGUCUUGCGAAUGCCUUCGCUGAGUCCGGCGGAACCCUCGUGGCGCACAAGGAAACCAUCUUGGCGGCCCUGAAUGGGGAUAGUGAGGAGCCUAUCUUCACCUGGGAAUCUGUCCGUCCUUUCCCUUCUUUCUGCCUCUGCUGUCCCAAGCCACGAUCCCCCCUUGAACGCUUCCCGUUCCCCUCAUUCCAUCGGUUUGCCAUCGCAACAAUCAUUCACCCAACCACACUCGCAAAUCACCUGCACGCAGCAAUCACUCGUCCAUCGACCGUCAAGAUGCCUGUCAAGUGGGAUGCAGACGCUGUAUCUGAUCUACUCUGGGCGAUGUUCCUAGUUCUCGCUCCGACUGAUCUCUCCCGGGAGAAGAAGGAUGAGAUCGUCAACCUCAUGCAGCAAAAGGGCCACGAUGUUGUGUGGAACGCAAUCCGGUAUGCCUUACGCCCUCUUGUUCUCGAGCUUCUCUGCGAGUCACCUUACCUGCCUGCUGGGUUUCCGGCCGAGUCCACCUAUGACUGGCCUAGUCGGCUUGGUCGUCGACACCAAGGUCGCUGCAGUUCUAGCAAAAUCCACGCUGGCUAG